UACUCUUUAUGUUCCUUUUCUGUUCCCUCUUUGAGUCUCAGUUGGAAGGAUAACUAAAGUGGAAUAAGAGAAGCAACGUAACCAUGCAUUCUUUGCUGGAGUUGAAGUGGCCAAGAGCCAAGGCGCCUCUAAGAUCCUGUCCGUGCAGGAGGUCGGACGCCUGUCUGGUCUGGCUGGUAGGGCAGGCCCUGUGCCUGGUGCUGACUGUAGGCCAAAAGACCGACUUCGGCGGAAGUAAAUACCCCAUCGUAACCACCAACUACGGCAAGCUCCGGGGAAUACGAAAGGACCUGAGCAACGAGAUCUUGGGCCCUGUGGAGAAGUACCUUGGUGUGCCCUAUGCUGCCCCACCAACUGGUGAGCGGCGUUUUCAGCCCCCAGAGGCCCCAGGCUCCUGGCAGGAGGUGCGCAACGCCACUCAGUUUGCCCCUGUCUGCCCACAAAACAUCCACGGUGUGCUGCCUGAGAUUAUGCUGCCCGUCUGGUUCACCGACAACUUAGACGUUGUGGCUGGAUAUAUUCAGAACCAGAGUGAGGACUGCCUCUACCUAAACAUCUACGUGCCCACUGAGGAUGGUCCACUCACCAAAAAACAUGAUGAGUCUUCAAUGAACAGGCCCAGAGAUGAAGACAUCCGUGACCGCAGGAAGAAGCCAGUCAUGCUCUUCAUCCACGGCGGAUCGUACAUGGAGGGGACUGGGAACAUGUUUGAUGCCAGUGUUUUGGCUGCCUAUGGCAAUGUCAUCCUGGUCACUAUGAACUAUCGCUUGGGUGUUCUUGGCUUCUUAAGUACAGGGGACCAGUCGGCGAAGGGCAAUUAUGGGCUCCUAGACCAGAUCCAGGCCCUACGUUGGCUCAAUGAGAAUAUUGGCCACUUCGGUGGCGACCACGAGAGGAUAACCAUCUUUGGCUCGGGUGCUGGGGCAGCCUGCGUCAACCUACUUAUCCUCUCCCAUCAUUCCGAGGGUCUGUUCCAGCGGGCCAUUGCCCAGAGUGGCUCAGCCAUCUCCAGCUGGUCAGUGAAUUACCAACCAUUGAAAUACACCCGUAUCCUGGCACGAAAGGUGGGCUGCAGAGGUCUGGGAGUGGACACUGCUGAAAUGGUGGAAUGCCUGCGUCGCAAGCAUUUUCGGGAGUUAGUAGACCAAGACAUCCAGCCAGCUCGCUACCACAUCGCCUUUGGGCCAGUGGUGGAUGGGGACGUGGUGCCUGAUGACCCCGAGAUCCUUAUGCAGCAGGGGGAGUUCCUUAACUACGAUAUCCUAAUUGGGGUGAACCAAGGGGAAGGACUGAAGUUUGUGGAGGACACGGAGGGUGAGGAUGGGAUCUCCGCAGCGGCGUUUGACUACACCAUCUCCAGCUUCGUUGACAACCUUUACGGCUAUCCCAACGGUAAAAGGGCAAAUGCCCUGUGCUGUAUAGGUAAGGACAUCCUGCGAGAAACCAUCAAGUUCAUGUACACGGACUGGGCGGAUCGCGACAACAGCGAGAUGCGCCGCAAGACCCUGCUGGCGCUGUUCACCGACCACCAGUGGGUGGCACCGGCGGUGGCUACGGCCAAGCUGCACGCCGACUUCCAGUCGCCUGUCUACUUCUACACCUUCUACCACCACUGCCAGAUGGAGAGCCGGCCCGAAUGGGCAGACGCGGCGCACGGCGAUGAGAUCCCCUACGUGUUUGGCAUCCCCAUGGUUGGAGCCACAGACCUCUUCCCCUGCAACUUCUCCAAGAAUGACAUCAUGCUCAGCGCUGUGGUCAUGACCUACUGGACCAACUUCGCCAAAACCGGAGACCCCAAUCUGCCGGUGCCCCAGGACACCAAGUUCAUCCACACCAAGCCCAACCGCUUUGAGGAGGUCAUCUGGACCAAGUUCAACUCCAAGGACAAGCAGUACCUCCACAUCGGGCUAAAGCCCCGGGUUCGGGACAACUACCGUGCCAACAAAGUGGCCUUUUGGCUCGAGCUGGUCCCCCACCUGCAUACACUCCAGCAGGAAACUGUGGGAUCCUCCACCACUCGCUUGCCAACUGAAGAGACCCCACAGGCUACUCCCACCCUGCCCCCGGAAACUGAAACCGAGGGCUCGGAACGGCCACGUUUCUCGCCCUUUCCCGGAGACACGAGGGACUACUCUACAGAGUUGAGUGUGACGGUGGCUGUUGGCGCCUCCCUCCUCUUCCUCAACGUGCUGGCCUUUGCCGCGCUCUACUAUAAGCGGGACCGGCGGCACGAGCUGUUGUCACGGCGGGGAGGCGGAGUUGGGGGCCGUCGGCCAUCUCCUCAGCGUGGGCCAGCCAAUGACCUGGCACACGGCCAGGAGGAGGAGCUGAUGUCGACACUGCAGAUGAAGCAGCAGCAGCAGCACGUGGAGCUGGAUGCCCACCAGGGCCGUGAGUCGCUGCGGCCAGCCGGCCCGCCGGACUAUACAAUGGCACUGCGCAGGGGACCGGACGACGUGCCGCUCAUGACCCCAAGCACCAUCACCAUGACACCCAACACAAUCGCCACCAUGCAGCCCCUCCAUCCUUUCACCUAUCCUGCACCAGUGGGGCACAACAACACCUUGCCUCACCCCCAUUCCACCACUCGUGUAUAGUCCCUGCGCUGCCUCCUGCUGGAACACUGUGCAGUCGAACCAUUGCGUGGCACCACUUUAAUUUCUGUCUCCUAUUUAAAACUUUUUGGAGCUACAAGGACUGCUACUUUGCCCCUUUUUAAUUGUCUGGCAAUAUUUUCCUUUGCUCUUCACUUUCAGGCAUUUUGGAUUUUUUCUGGAUCCAGCCUGUGUCAGAUAGUAGGGUCGGUGGAGUUGAAGUAGAGUAUCACACCAGUCGUUCUCUCUUCUCACUUGUUUUUCUUUCUUUAACCAUUGUAUUU